AUGACUAAUAAAAAUGGAUUAAGGGCAAUUAUAGAAAUUCUUUUCAUUAUUUAUAUAACUACAUGUAGUUAUGUGAGUGAGUCAUAUAUAAUAAAAGAUUCGUAUUGUUACCAUAUAGCUAAGAUAAUUAACUUAAAUUGUAACUAUAGAAGAAAUCUACUUAAGAACAAACAAAUAUCAUACACAAAGGUACACAACUUAUCUUCACCUACGAUUACACCUCCAAAUAACGCUAAAAACUAUGAUACACUUGAAAAUGUAAAACUAAAAAAAAAAGAUAAAAAAAUAUUAAAAAAGUACAAAGAUUUUUUAGAUAUUUUACCAAAAAAAAGCGUCGAAUAUGGAAUUAUGGAUGCGAUAGAAAAAAUAAAAACCUUAGCUGUUCAUAAAUUUGUGGAAAGUAUUGAUAUUUAUUUAUCUUUUAAUCAAAAAAAGUCGAAAAUGACAAAAAAUGAUAAUAUAAAAACUUUUAUAACAUUCCCCCACAAUUUAAAAAAAAAGAGGGAAAAAAAAAUUUACGUAGUAACUAAUAGAAACCUUUAUAAGACAGCAACUGAUGCAGGAGCUGAUGUUGUAGGGGAAGAUGACUUGGUGAACAAAAUAAAGGAGAAGGAAAUAAAAUUAAAAAAAAAAAAUAAUAAUUUUUUAUUAUGCACAAAUGAUGUAAUACAUAAACUAACUCGUGUUGGUAAGGAAGUUGGAAGAAAGGGAUUGAUGCCUAAUGAAAAAUCAGGUACAUUAGUUAGUGAAUUUUUAUUAGCAAAACAUAUAAAACUUUUUAAAUUUGAGAAUACAUAUAUAUUUAAGCUAAAUAAAUUGAAUACAUUAAAUUUAAAUGUUGGGGAUGUUUAUAUGUCUAGUGACGAAAUAAAAGAAAACAUCUGUUAUUUGUUUGAAUAUCUUGAUAACCUAGAAUUUUUUCAUUUUAAUUCAAAAAAUUUGAAAACCAUUUAUUUAAGUGCUACCAUGGGAUUCCCAUUCAAGAUAAAAAAAAAUUUCUUGUAA